GUCCUUUGCGUUCUCUCUCCCUCUCCCAACAUGGCGGCCUCAGCAAAAAAGAAGAAUAAGAAGGGGAAGACUAUCUCCCUGACAGACUUUCUGGCUGAGGAUGGGGGAACUGGUGGAGGAAGCACAUAUGUCCCCAAACCAGUCAGCUGGGCUGAUGAAACAGAUGACCUGGAAGGAGAUGUUUCAACCACUUGGCACAGUAACGAUGAUGAUGUGUAUAGGGCACCGCCAAUUGACCGUUCCAUCCUUCCCACUGCUCCACGGGCUGCUCGGGAACCCAAUAUCGACCGGAGCCGUCUUCCCAAAUCGCCACCCUACACUGCUUUUCUAGGGAACCUGCCCUAUGAUGUGACAGAAGACUCAAUUAAGGAAUUUUUUAGAGGAUUAAAUUCCUUAGGUAAUAGGAGAAUUCGAGUGGAUGUUGCCGAUCAAGCACAGGAUAAAGACCGGGAUGAUCGCUCUUUUGGCCGGGAUAGAAAUCGGGAUUCUGACAAAACAGAUACCGACUGGAGAGCCCGUCCUGCCACAGACAGCUUUGAUGACUACCCACCUAGAAGAGGUGAUGAUAGCUUUGGAGAUAAGUAUCGAGAUCGUUAUGAUUCAGAUCGGUAUCGGGAUGGGUAUCGUGAUGGCUAUCGGGAUGGCCCACGCCGGGACAUGGAUCGAUAUGGCGGCCGGGAUCGAUAUGAUGACCGAGGCAGCAGAGACUAUGAUAGAGGCUAUGAUUCCAGGAUAGGAAGUGGCAGAAGGGCAUUUGGUAGUGGGUACCGCAGAGACGAUGACUACAGGGGAGGCGGGGACCGCUAUGAAGACCGUUAUGACAGACGGGAGGAUAGAUCAUGGAGCUCCAGAGAUGAUUACUCUCGGGAUGAUUAUAGGCGUGAUGAUAGAGGUAAUCCUUUUCUUUUGCUUAAAUCUCUUCUGUUCAGACACCCAAGCUGGAGAAGUGAAGAAACUCAGGAACGGGAACGGUCGAGGACAGGAAGUGAGUCAUCGCAGACUGGAACCUCAGCCACAUCUGGCAGAAAUGUGCGAAGGAGAGAGAGUGAGAAGUCUCUAGAAAAUGAAACACUUAAUAAGGAGGAAGACUGUCACUCUCCAACUUCUAAGCCACCCAGACCUGAUCAGCCCCUAAAGGUAAUGCCAGCUCCUCCACCAAAGGAGAAUGCUUGGGUGAAGCGAAGUUCUAACCCUCCUGCUCGAUCUCAGAGCUCAGACACAGAGCAACAGUCUCCUACAAGUAUUGGAGGGAAACUAGCUUCAGCUCAGCCAUCUGAGGAAGUACCAGCAAGGAAAGAUGAAAAUAAAGUAGACGGGAUGAAUGUCCCAAAAGGCCAAACUGGGAACUCCAGCCGUGGUCCAGGAGAUGGAGGGAACAAAGACCACUGGAAGGAGUCAGAUAAGAAAGAUGGCAAAAAGGAUCAAGACUCCAGAUCUGCACCUGAGCCAAAGAAACCUGAGGAAAAUCCAGCCUCUAAGUUCAGUUCUGCAAGCAAGUAUGCUGCUCUGUCUGUUGAUGGUGAAGAUGAAAAUGAGGGAGAAGAUUACACCGAGUAGACCUCAACAUCCUGUGCUUCAGCCUAGUCUCUUACCACCCUGGAACAUUCAAGAGCAAAUCAAACCUCUAUCCAGACAAGACAAAAUAAAACUCACCAUCUCCUGGAGACCUUUCUUAACUUUUUUUUUAAAUGAAAUGAAAUUCUUUUGCAUGCUGCUGCAGCCUUUAAAGUAUUGAAGUAACUGGAGAAUCACCAAUGUAGCCAGAGAGAAAGAGACUACAGCUUUUUAAUGGAAAAGUUGUGGUGCGUUUUUUUUAUGACACCAUGCACUUGCCUGUGUGAUUAGUGCCUGGGGGGACUCCAUUUAGCAGAAGUGUAAUGACAGUGAUAUACAUCUGGAAUCUGGUUGGGCAGUAGGGGAGGUAUAAGGAAGAGUGUGAGAUUUCUACCUUUUAAUUCUUAUUCUAUUGUGGCAUAUAUGAAUUCUCAAACAGUAUCUGAAUAAAUUUUCCAUCUUUGGAAAGGUAGAUUUAGCCUCACGUUGUUGUAGUCUCCAGGAGGCUGCUAGCCCCUCCUCUUAUUUAAUUCUGAGUUAUUGGGGCCAGCCCAGGGGGAAUUCCUUCAUUUUUUUUUUUUUUUACCCCCCAGGGGGGUAGUUGGGAGUGAUUAUUCAGCCACUAAAGAAUAGGACUGCUUGGGACCAAAAUAAAUGGGAAAAUCGUGGUUUGACAAGAAGCUUUGGGGAGGUGAUGAAUCAUUUUGCACCAAUUUAUAGGGGAAAAUGGUGUGACCUCCAAUAAACACAUGAAUGGUUAUUUUCUGGAGCAGGAACCACUUAGGUGUCUUGGGAAUUCCCAGUCUUUUUAUGUGUCCUGAUUUUGCCCUUUCUAAACACUAUCCUUUUUGAAAUUCCAGAUAAACCAUAUUCUGUUGAAAUCUUGAAGCUUAAAAAAUUUAGAUUGUCAUUGUCCUAAGUUCUUCAUGGUACUCUUACCUCCCAAAAAGCAGUCUCUAUUUGUCACAUAUCUAUUAUCCUAGGGCAUUUUAUGUCAGCUACUGGGAGCUGAAGGAAGAAUCACUGCUUUUCUCAAGCAAAUUGGUUCCUUGUUGUCUUUGACUCUCCUUAUUACCUCCAUCCAUGCCCACUCCUGCUUUGACCCUUGUACAGAUGAGAUUUACUCUAGAAUUGAUGGUCUUGGGUGGUUAAAAAAAAAAAAAGUGGAUAAAUAAGGGACCGAUAAAUUGGGAGCCUUUGUUAACAAUCUUUUGUUCCCCCAAGUUUCCUGCUCUCCACUGAAAUCCCACACCAGUGCUUAGAUUUAUGUGGCCUAGAGAGUGUGUGUGUGUGUGUGUGUGUGUUGUUUUUAAGCUUCUCUUGAGAGUAAAUGGUAAUGGAGAGAAUUAUUGGGUCCUGGUUUCUCUUGCAACACAGUAGCUACAUUUGCCUGCUUUAAUGUGCAACUUUGUAGGGGUCAGCUAAGAUGGUAUCCUUCCCCACCAUGGGCAGUAUAGUACUAGUACCUGCAGAGAAACGACACCUUGGUCUCUUGUUUGCAAAGCCCUUUUCCCAUUUGUCCUAGGUUAGACUGCGUCCAGCCAUGCAGAGGUGUUGGUUUAUGCGUGCUGCAGCAGUGGGCAUAAUGAAUAAUUUGCCAAGUGGACAAAAGGUACACCAAGUGAAUUAACUUUAAAUAAUUGGCAUGAAUUGGCUAAUAGCUAGGAAGUGGGCUUUUGAAGAGAGAUACCCCAGUUGCAAAGGGUUUUUUUAAAAACCAUUGGUUGUAUAUGAUAAAAGAUUAGGGUUGGCCCUCUUCAUAUCUGCUCUCCUUCCAAAUAGUUGUAUCCAAAAAAGCUGGUGUUGCCACUCCCCUACUUUGCCCCCCUCCUCGUUAAAAUAGAAACAGGGAUUGAUUCAUGUCCCACUCCUAAAUACAUGUAAAAUUUGUACAAAAAUAUCUUCUAUGAAAAUGAUUUGUAAUCUGUAGAAUUAAUACCUGGGAGAUGUCUUGAGAUGUAAAAUCCCAUCCUUUGGGUUGUGGGUUUUUUGUUUUCUCCAAAUAAAUCUGAUCUUUAAAGUUCA